AUGGAGCUGAGAGCUCCGUGGUCAGCCCCUCCCACGGUGCGGAUCGUGCACUCGGGCCUGGCCUGCAACAUCGAGGAGGAGCGCUACUCCGAGAGGGUCUACACCAUCCGCGAGGGAGAGACCCUGGAGCUCACCUGCCUGGUCACCGGCCACCCCCGGCCACAGAUCAGGUGGACCAAAACAGCAGGAAGUGCCUCUGACAGAUUCCAAGAUUCCAGUGUCUUCAACGAAACCCUGAGGAUUUCCAACAUCCAGAGACACCAGGGAGGCCGCUACUACUGCAAGGCCGAGAACGGCCUGGGCUCCCCGGCCAUCAAAUCCAUCCGAGUGGACGUGUACUAUUUGGAUGAUCCCAUAGUCACGGUCCACCAGAGCAUCGGGGAAGCCAAGGAGCAGUUUUAUUAUGAGAAGACCGUGUUCCUCAGGUGCGUGGCCAACUCCAACCCGCCCGUGCGCUACAGCUGGCGCCGCGGCCAGGAGGUGCUGCUGCAGGGCUCCGACAAGGGAGUGGAGAUCUACGAGCCCUUCUUUACCCAGGGAGAAACAAAGAUCCUGAAGCUGAAGAACCUGCGACCUCAGGACUACGCCAACUACAGCUGCAUCGCCUCGGUGCGGAAUGUCUGCAGCAUCCCGGAUAAAAUGGUGUCCUUCCGCCUCUCCAACAAAACUGCAUCCCCUUCCAUCAAGCUCCUCGUGGAUGACCCCAUCGUGGUGAACCCUGGCGAAGCCAUCACCUUGGUGUGCGUGACCACCGGGGGGGAGCCGGCACCCAGCCUGACGUGGGUGAGGUCUGCGGGGGUCCUGCCCGACAAGACCGUCCUGAAUGGGGGCACUCUGACCAUUCCCGCCAUCACCUCCGAGGAUUCCGGCACCUACAGUUGCAUCGCCAACAACAACGUCGGCAAUCCCGCGAAAAAGUCCACCAACAUCAUUGUAAGAGCCUUAAAAAAAGGACGCUUUUGGAUCACCCCUGACCCGUACCACAAAGAUGACAACAUCCAGAUCGGGCGGGAGGUGAAGAUCUCGUGCCAGGUGGAGGCCAUCCCCUCGGAGGAGCUCACCUUCAGCUGGUUCAAGAACGGGCGGCCGCUGCGCAGCUCGGAGAGGAUGGUGAUCACCCAGACCGACCCCGACGUCUCCCCCGGCACCACCAACCUGGACAUCAUCGACCUCAAGUUCACGGAUUUCGGGACCUACACGUGCGUGGCGUCCCUCAAGGGAGGCGGCAUCUCAGACAUCAGCAUCGAUGUCAACAUCUCCAGCAGCACAGUGCCCCCCAACCUGACGGUCCCGCAGGAGAAGUCCCCGCUGGUGACACGGGAAGGGGACACCAUCGAGCUGCAGUGCCAGGUGACCGGGAAGCCCAAACCCAUCAUCCUGUGGUCGCGGGCGGACAAGGAGGUGCCGAUGCCGGACGGGGCCCUGCAGACGGAGAGCUACGACGGGAUCCUGCGGAUCGUCAACGUUUCCCGGGAAAUGAGCGGGACCUACAGGUGCCAGACCAGCCAAUACAACGGGUUUAACGUCAAACCCAGAGAGGCGUUGGUGCAGCUCAUUGUGCAGUACCCCCCGGCCGUGGAGCCGGCGUUCCUGGAGCUGCGGCAGGGCCAGGGCCGCGGUGUCACCAUGAGCUGCCGGGUGCUCCGGGCGUAUCCCACGCGGGUGCUGAGCUACGAGUGGCGCCUGGGCAGCCGCGUGCUGCGCACGGGCCAGUUCGACCUGCAGGACUCCACGGAAUACACCGUCAGCAGCCUCUCCCGCGACUCCUACGGCAUCUACAACUGCAACAUCAUCAACGAGGCGGGCGCCGGCCGCUGCAGCUUCCUCGUCACAGGCCAAAUCCCCAAAUCUCUGACCUUUGAACCCGUUGGAUUGCAGGCCGGGCAGCAGCGCUGGUGGGAGCAGGAGAUCACGGUAAACGGGAACAUCCAGAAGGGGGAAUUGAUCACCUACAACCUGACGGAGCUGAUCAAGCCCGAGGCCUACGAGGUGCGCCUGACGCCCAUCACCCGCUUCGGGGAGGGCGACUCCACCAUCCGGGUCAUCAAGUACAGCGCUCCGGUGAAUCCACACCUCCGAGAGUUCCACUGUGGCUUUGAGGAUGGGAACAUUUGCCUUUUCACUCAAGACGACACCGACAACUUUGACUGGACAAAACAAAGCACUGCCACGAGGGACACGAAGUACACCCCCAACACGGGGCCCAACGCCGAUCGCACCGGCUCCAAGGAGGGUUUUUACAUGUACAUCGAGACGUCCCGUCCCAGGCUGGAGGGGGAGAAGGCCAGACUCGUCAGUCCCGUUUUCAGCGUCGCUCCCAAAAAUCCCUACGGAGCCACCAACACGGCCUAUUGCUUCAGCUUCUACUAUCACAUGUAUGGACAGCACAUAGGAAGUUUGAACGUUUACCUGCGGCUCAAAGGUCAGACUGCCAUAGAAAACCCCUUGUGGUCUUCGAGUGGGAAUAAGGGACAGCACUGGAACCAAGCCCGGGUGAACAUCAACCCCCCCACCUCAUUCCAGCUCAUCUUUGAAGGAAUCCGUGGCCCUGGAAUCGAAGGGGACAUUGCUAUUGACGAUGUGUCCAUUGUGGAAGGAGAGUGUAUGAAAUCAGACCAACCGGCCAACAAUCUACGAUCAGGUGCUGUUGGGCCAUUAGCGCAUAUACGACUUCUCCCACUCCUCAUCCUCAUGUCUGUCUUAAGUCAUCAGAGGUGACCUUAUCCUGGCAGAGGCUACAAAAGAUUCACCAGGCACUGGCAUGAAGAAAGAGUCUUUGUAAAAUGGACAUUUCCAAACAAACUACCAAAGAUUCCUCCACUGACUGACUCGAAAGUUAAAUAAACGCGUAAAUAAAUAAUUAAAAAAGAAAAAAAAAAAAAAAAAAAAAACAGAUUAAGAAAGCACUGGGGACUUGAAAAGGCGUCACGGGAGUGGAACUCACUAAGAACCAAGCUUGAGACCAAGAUCUGGCCUAAGUAAGGAAGAGACCUUCAGGUGCUUCAGUGGUCACUGAUGAAUUCAGCAUCAUCUGGUUGAACUCUCGGCAAAGAGCUCUAGAAACCCUUGUCAAAGCACAAAGUCAUGGCUGGUUUUGUUUCAAAUGAAUCGUUUGCUUGUUACCAUGGAAACCGAAUGGCCUGCCAAAAAAUAAAGGAGGAAGGAGAGAGAGAGAGAGGAAAUACAAACACAGAGAGAAACACCUCACUGUAAACAGGGUACGUGAAGAGCUGGCGUUCAUUUUCCCUUCCCGAAGGUUUUUAGCGUAGAGUUAAACAAAUGUCGGCCCUUUCUACUUCGGCUGCCACCUCCCCUCGAGGAUAACCCGGAAUCGGAGCUGUUUGCAGACAUUCCCGUUUCAUUCCUCACGGCUCUGCUUGGUGACUGUGCGCUGUCUCCUUUUGCAUGCAUUCCCAUCCAGGAUGUGCCACCUGGGCUCACAUUUGUCACAGGCUUCACUGGGAGUUUGCUCGCGGCCGCUGGAAGAUCCCUCUCCCCUCCCCACCGGAGUCAUCAGCUCUACGGAAGUGAAGAAACCAAACCACCGUCUUUUAUAAAUUGCCAUGGAAACCAAGUGCCUUCAAUGAAACAAGCCUGAUUUCAAAAAAACAGAAACAAAAAAAAAGAACUAUAUAUAUAUAUAUGUGUAUAUAUAUAUAUAUAUAUAUAUAUAUAUAAAAUAAUUCUAAUAAAUGUAAUAACGAUGAUUUCAACACAGAAGCUUUGCACCGCUAAAAACGUGGGUUGUGCAAACUCUUUUCUAAACAAACUCUGGAGCCUGGGUGUGCAGGCAAGGAGACGGAGCCGCUUCUGGAGAAGGAUGGAUGGACCUAAGCUGCUGUGGAAAGCCUUUGGGAUGAGAUCCGUGUUGUGUCACCUUCCAGACAGCCAUGGCCUUUCAGCUUCUUAUCCAUUCGGAACAGCUCCCGUAGGUGCUGCCCGUGGGAGCAGCACUUUCUGUCGUUGUCGUCGUCGUUUCAGGUUCUCCAGUGGGUCAACCAGAGGAACAAAGGUGGUUCAGACACACACUUGGUGCAGAAGGUGGUGAAACACGGGAUGAUUUUCUUACUCUCCCCCUCCGUUGGGAUGGCUCCCAACAUCCGGAGCUCCGGACGCCCCGAGGGGGCUCUGCCUCUGUCCCGGAAACCAGACUCGGUGCAGAGGGUGAAAGAUUAUUUUGUUAUUGUAGCGAAAUUCAAAAAAAACAAAACAGUACAAAAAAUUUAAAAAAAAAAAAAUUAAAAAUAAUCCACUUUUACAAGGAGAAAAAAAAAAUGAAUAAAUAAAAGCUGUACAAAAUGGGUUCGAGCUACCCGAACACAUGCCGGUUUUCCACUGCAUUGUAAAGUUCCCUUCCAGUUGGUUAUGAAAUUUGAAGACCUUUUUCCUUAAAUUAUCUCAGCUUUUAACUUCAUUUAAAAAAAAAAAAAAAAGACUUUUGUCUAAAGAAGAGUAUUAUUAUUAUAAUUAUUAUAAUUAUUAUUAUUAUUCUGUGUUCUCUCGACACCCUAGGAUUAAAAACAAAAACCUGAUAUGCAAAUAAUUGGAGUACAAAUGUGAAAACAAACAAAAGAUGAGUAUAAUAAUUGCAAAUAUGAGUAUAAAAAGCACAACGAGAUGCAGUAAAACAAUGACAAGGCUUGAUUUUUUUUAUUCUGUAGAGAAAUGUUUGUGCAAAUUCAGUAAUUCCACUGAAGAGAUAAUUUUCCAGCUCUGUUCAAUAAAGCCUCUUUCCAGGUAA